UCCAGUACUGGGUUCCCCGGAUCAGGCUGCUGUUUUGCGCUGAGAAUCCACGUGUUUUUGUGCAGAGGAUUGUUGCGGCCGACCGGCUGCGGAAGAAGACGGAAGCUCUGCUCCUGUACAACCUGUGUGUGGACUGUAUGCCGGCAGCAGGGAGCCGCCAGAUCACAGCGGAGUGCCUCAGCAGGAUGAAGCAGCGGCUGCUGAGCACAGCGCGCCUGAGGAAGGGCGACCACAUGCAUCACCAGCUGGAGCGUCUCGAACUGGAGAUCGGCCUGGACUAUGAACGCGCCAUGAACAAGCUCGUGUUUGACCAACUCGUCUCCUCCAGACCCCAGGCGUUUCCUCAUGUUACUCUCCCAGACAGAGCCGAGGACGGGGUCCCGAGCAAAGGAUUCGCUGAUGUUCCCAAUUAUUCAUUUGCCAAGAAGCGGGCCUCGUUCACGUUCACCACCCUGCUGACCAGGUCAGAGGUCAUCACCUCCCUCUGCAAAGUGCGAACUGAAUGCAGCAAGGCGUCCGCCAUGUCUCUCUUUCAUUCCACCCUGGCCAAGUGCGUCCGGCUGGAGGAGUUUGAGCAGACGCAGUCGCAGGCCUUCUCUCAGGUCCAGUUGUUCCUGAAGGACAGCUGGGUCAGCACCCUGAAGAACGCCGUUCGCAGCAGCCUGAGGGACGUGGGGAAAGGUUGGUACGACCUCAGCGAGUGUAACUGGGAGGUGUACCACAUGUCCAAACUCCGGCAGCUGAUGGAACUCAUCAAGUUCAACCUGCAGGACUCUCUGCGCUUCCUGGUACAAGAUUCCAUCGUCAGCUUCACCCAGUUCAUAUUAGAUGCGUGUUACAGCGUCUUAUCGUGUCCUGAGGAGCUGGACUGGGGCGGUGACCUCAUCAACAGCCCAUACAAACCUCGGAGAAAUCCGAUAUUCCUGCUGGACUUGGUUCUGGACGGCUCCGGGGCCCACUUCAGCACUCCGCUGGAGAACUUUGAGAGUGCGCUCGUGACUUUGUUCGAUAAAGGGAUCCUGGCUACUCACAGCGUCCCCCAACUGGAGAAGUUUGUGCUGGAGGACCUCUUCAUUAGUGGCACUCCGCUGCUGGAGUCUGUCGGUCUGCAUGAACCCGCGGUGGAGGAGCUGCGUAAUAACAUCCGCACGGCCAUAUGUAAAGCUUUGAUACCACUGAAAGCCUACGCAAAACAGUACGAGAAGUACCUGGACCUCAACAACACGGACGUGGAGACUUACAUGAAAGCCUUCCGAGCAAAGAACCCCACAGCGCCAGAGGUGAGACGAGCGGCCGAGGAGCAUCUGCUAGAGAAGGAACGCCUGGACAACGCGCUUCCCAACUCGAUCAUAGUCGGCCCCUUCCAGAUCAACAUAGAAGGGGUGAAGCAGAAUCUGUCCCGGAAAAGAAAGGCCCUGUCCAACGCCCUGCUGGAGUUAUUCGCCAAGAACGUGCACAAGGAGGUGGAGGAGAUUUCAGAGCAGUUCCGAGCCAUCAGUCGCAAACUGUACGACAAGCCAAAUAGUGUUGAAGAGCUGACUGAUCUGCGGGAGUGGAUGAAGGGGGUACCCGAGCAGAUCAAAUCUCUGGAGGAGCAAAUAGUAAAAGUGCUCGGGGAUUACGAGGUCAUAGAUGCCUUCUUCUACAGCUUGCCCCAGGAGGACUUCAGUGCCAAGUGGUUCGUCAUUGCCUGGCCCCAUAAGGUAUUGACAACUAUGGAAACCUUGCGGGAGCAACACCUGGAAGAUGAGGAGAGAUUCCGUAAAAUCCAGGUUAUGGACCAGAACAACUUCUUGGAGAGACUGGACACCUUGCAGAUGGUUGUUGCCGGAUUCUCCACCUACGUUGAUAUAAACCGCGCUCACGAGACCGCCAAUGAGGUCCGACGGGUUCACAAGCAGCUUAUAGAGUCUCAGCAGCUGGCUCAGCUCUACAACAACAGGGAGAGGCUCUUUGGCCUCCCAGUCACCAAUUAUGACAAGCUGGUAAGACUGGUGAAGGAAUUCCAGCCCUUCCGAGACCUGUGGACCACUGUCUCCGACUGGAUGCGCUGGUACGAGAGCUGGAUGAACGACCCUCUUUCCACCAUCGAUGCGGAGCAGUUGGAAAAGAAUGUAAUGGAGUCUUAUAAAAACAUGCACAAGUGUGUAAAAUAUUUCCGAGACAUUCCAGCCUGCCAGGAGGUGGCCCAGGACAUCAAAGGACGAAUUGAAAAGUUUAAGCCCUAUAUCCCAUUAAUACAAGGUCUGCGAAACCCCGGGAUGAGGAACCGGCACUGGGAGAUUUUAUCUGAACAGAUAAAGAUAAACGUCAAACCCAAGUCCAACCUCAACUUCACUCGCUGCCUGGAGAUGAAGCUCCAAGACCACAUCGAAAGCAUCGCCAAGGUGGCCGAGAUCGCAGGGAAGGAAUUCUCCAUUGAGCAGGCUCUGGACAAGAUGGAGGGAGAGUGGUCUUCAGUUCUGUUCAAUGUCCUGCCCUAUAAAGAGACAGGGACGUUUAUCCUGAAGAGCCCAGAAGAAGCCUCUCAGUUGUUAGAUGACCACAUUGUCAUGACCCAAAGCAUGUCCUUCUCUCCCUACAAGAAGCCUUUCGAAGAUCGGAUCAGCACCUGGGAGAGCAAACUCCGACUGACCCAGGAUGUGUUGGAGGAAUGGCUGACCUGCCAGCGCUCCUGGCUCUACCUGGAACCCAUCUUCAGCUCAGAUGACAUUAACAGACAACUGCCGGUGGAAAGUAAACGCUACCAGACCAUGGAGAGGACCUGGAGGAAAAUCAUGCGCAAUGCAGAAGAGAAUAAACAGGUCAUUUCCUUGUGCCCCGAUCCUCGUCUCCUGGAAAGUCUUAGAGAAUGCAACAAACUGCUGGAACUGGUGCAAAAGGGACUCAGUGAAUAUCUGGAGACUAAGAGAGGAGCAUUCCCCAGGUUCUACUUCCUUUCUGAUGAUGAACUCCUGGAAAUCCUCUCCCAGACCAAGGAUCCCACUGCCGUGCAGCCGCACUUACGCAAGUGCUUUGAGAAUAUUGCACGGCUGUUGUUCCAGCCUGAUCUACAGAUCACUCACAUGUACUCGGCUGAGGGCGAGGAGGUGCAGCUGUGCAGAGCCAUCUACCCAACGGGCAAUGUGGAGGACUGGUUACUGGAGGUGGAGAAGGUCAUGAAGGCCAGUGUGCGAGAUUACAUAGAGAGAUCUAUAAAGGUCUAUCCGGAGACUCCUCGUUCAGAGUGGGUGAUGAACUGGCCGGGUCAGGUCACCAUAGCCGGAUGUCAGACAUUUUGGACUAAAGAAGUGUCGGAGGCCUUGGAGGCUGGAGAUCUGUCCACCAGGCUCUUUCCACAGCUGGAGGCUCAGCUCGGUGACCUUGUCGCUUUGGUCCGAGGUAAACUAUCUCGAAUGCAACGAUCCAUCCUCUCUGCCCUCAUUGUGAUUGAGGUUCACGCCAAAGAUGUCGCCGCUCGCCUGAUUGAGGAAAAUGUCAGCAGCGUCAAUGACUUUGAGUGGAUAUCCCAGCUCCGGUAUUACUGGAGCCGCGAUGACCUGUAUGUUAGAGCGGUCAAUGCUGAGUUCCUAUAUGGCUAUGAAUACCUUGGAAAUACAGGACGCCUGGUCAUAACGCCGCUGACGGACAGGUGCUAUUUGACACUCACUGGCGCCCUCCAUUUAAAGUUUGGGGGCGCCCCUGCUGGACCCGCUGGAACAGGGAAGACGGAGACCACAAAAGACCUGGGGAAAGCUCUCGCAAUCCAGACUGUUGUGUUCAACUGCUCUGACCAGCUGGACUUCAUGGCCAUGGGCAAGUUUUUCAAAGGAUUAGCCAGCUCCGGAGCCUGGGCUUGCUUUGACGAAUUCAAUCGGAUUGACAUUGAGGUGCUGUCUGUGGUGGCCCAGCAGAUCACCACAAUCCAGAAGGCUCAGCAGCAACGUGUGGACCGCUUCAUGUUUGAGGGUGUGGAGAUCCCGCUUGUGUCGACCUGCGCUGUUUUCAUUACCAUGAAUCCUGGAUACGCCGGCCGCACAGAAUUACCGGAUAACCUGAAGGCGCUCUUCCGUCCCGUGGCGAUGAUGGUGCCAGAUUACGCCAUGAUUGCGGAGAUCUCCUUAUAUUCUUUCGGAUUUAACAAUGCCAAGAUUUUAGCUAAGAAAAUAACGACAACUUUCAAGCUUUCGUCCGAGCAGCUGAGUUCUCAGGAUCACUAUGAUUUCGGAAUGAGAGCCGUAAAAACCGUCAUUUCUGCUGCCGGAAACUUGAAGAGAGAGAAUCCGACCAUGAAUGAGGAGCUAAUCUGCCUCAGAGCUAUCCGAGAUGUCAACGUGCCCAAGUUCCUGCAGGAUGAUCUGAAGCUCUUCAGUGGGAUCGUGUCAGACCUUUUCCCGAGGAUUGAGGAGGAACCUAUUGAUUAUGGAAGCCUGGAGGAGGCAAUUCGUAACACCUGCUCCCAGAGAAACCUCAAGGAUGUGGAUGGAUUUGUGACCAAGUGCAUACAGCUCUAUGAGACCACCGUGGUACGACAUGGCCUGAUGCUUGUGGGACCUACCGGUUCAGGAAAGUCGGAGUGCUAUAAGGUCCUUGCAGCUGCUAUGUCAUCCCUGAAGGGUCUUCCUUCUGUCAGUGGAGGGACCUACGAGAACGUUCACUACUAUGUCUUAAAUCCCAAGUCCAUCACCAUGGGUCAGCUGUACGGAGAGUUUGAUCUUCUCACCCAUGAAUGGACGGACGGGAUCCUCUCAUCGCUCAUCCGAGGAGGCGCCUCAUCUUCAGAUCCAGACAAGAAGUGGUACAUGUUCGAUGGCCCCGUAGACGCCGUUUGGAUUGAGAACAUGAACACGGUGCUGGAUGACAAUAAGAAGCUGUGUCUGAGCUCGGGGGAGAUCAUAAAGCUGACAGAGGCCAUGACCAUGAUGUUUGAGGUCCAGGAUUUGGCUGUUGCUUCUCCGGCUACAGUUUCCCGCUGUGGCAUGGUGUACCUGGAACCCAGUAUUCUUGGACUCAGCCCAUUUACCGAAUGCUGGCUUCGUCAUAUUCCCCCCGUCAUGAAACCCUACGUGGAGCAGUUGGAGUCUUUGUUCUCACGGUUCCUGCAGGGUUCCAUCCAGUUUGUGCAUCGUAAAGUGAAGGAAGUCAUCGCUUCCACCGCCAGUAACCUGGUGACGAGUCUCCUUAAGCUGCUCGAGUGUUUCUUUGAACCUUUUAUUCCAAGAGAGGGACUGAAGAAAAUCCCCCAAGAAAAGCUGGAUCGCAUCGGGGAGCUGGUGGAAAGCUGGUUCAUAUUCGCCCUGAUCUGGAGCGUGGGAAUCACCGGCGACUCUGAUGGCCGCGUGCUCUUCAACACAUUUUUGAGGGAAAAAAUGAUUUCUGAGAAGGUGACAGUACUCUUCCCAGAAGAAGGCCUGGCCUAUGACUAUGUGCUGGAUGAUGCUGGCAUAAGCAGCGUUGUGGAGGAUGACGAUGAGGACACGCGGAGGAAGGUGAGACGUGUGCGCCAUGCGUCCUCCUGUGUAAGGACGCCAGCACCGCCGCCUGUGAUUCCACAUGCUGACAUAUGUUUUCUCCUUGAGGUGCGCUGGGUGAACUGGAUGGAGUCCUCCGCUCCUUUCUCCAUAGCUCCUGACACCAGCUAUGCCGACAUCAUCGUGCCCACUCUGGACACCAUACGAAUGUCGCAUCUCCUGGGGAUGCUGCUGGCCAACAAAAAGCCGGUUCUGUGUGUGGGUCCUACAGGUACAGGGAAGACCCUGACCAUCUCUGACAAGCUUCUGAAGAACAUGCCCCAGGAAUAUAUCAGCCACUUCCUUAUGUUCUCUGCAAGAACCUCAGCCAAUCAGACUCAGGACCUGAUCGACAGCAAACUAGACAAAAGGAGGAAGGGGGUGUUCGGACCACCCCUAGGGCGCUAUUUUAUCUUCUUCAUUGAUGACAUGAACAUGCCAGCCCUGGAGACAUACGGAGCACAGCCACCUAUCGAGCUCUUGAGACAGUGGAUGGACCAUGGAGGAUGGUAUGACCGCAAGCAGAUAGGAGUCUUCAAGAAAUUAGUGGACAUUAAUUUUCUGUGCGCCAUGGGACCCCCCGGAGGCGGCAGGAAUCCGGUGUCGCCUCGUCUCACACGUCACUUCAACUACUUGUGCUUUACGGAGAUGGGCGACAGCAGCAAGAGAAGGAUCUUCUCCUCCAUUCUGGGAAGCUGGAUGGAAGGGGCCCCGGCAAUUCAGCCCCUCACAGAGCAGCUGGUGGAGGCUACAAUCAAAAUGUACAAGACCAUCACAUCACAGCUGCUCCCCACCCCAGCAAAGUCUCACUACACGUUCAACCUCCGAGACCUGUCCAAGGUUUUCCAAGGAAUAUUGAUGGCUGAACCAGCUAAGAUCAAGGACAAGGUUUGUCUCCUGAAGCUUUGGUACCAUGAAUCGUGCCGGAUUUUCCAGGACCGGCUGGUGAACGAUGAAGACCGGAAAUGGUUUGAUGACCUCAUGAAGGGACAGAUGCAGGAAUUCGGAGCCGCCUUCGAGGAGGUGAUACCACAGCAGCCCAUACUGUACGGUGAUUUUGUGACCUCUGGAUCAGAUGCCAAAUCAUAUCAGCUCCUUGAAGACCGAGAAAUGCUCCUUCGGGUCAUGACGGAUUACAUGGAAGAUUAUAAUCAGAUCAACACAGCAAAGAUGAAGUUGGUCCUUUUCCUCGACGCCAUUCAACAUAUUUGCCGCAUCAGUCGGGUCCUGCGCCAACCGCUUGGCAACGCCCUGCUCUUAGGUGUUGGAGGAAGUGGAAGACAGUCCCUAACCAGACUAGCCAGCCACAUGGCAGAAUAUGAAUGUUUCCAGAUCGAAUUAUCAAAAAACUAUGGAAUCCCAGAAUGGAGAGAAGACAUUAAGGGAAUUUUGCUGAAAGCCGGGCUGCAGAAUACUCCCAUCACUUUUCUUUUCACCGACACCCAGAUUAAGAACGAGUCAUUCCUCGAAGACAUCAACAACAUCCUCAAUUCAGGAGACGUCCCCAACUUGUAUGGACCUGAGGAGCAGGAUCAGAUCGUCUCAGUCAUGAAACCAGUGGUGCAAGACAUGGGGCAACCGCCAACAAAAGCCAACUUAAUGGCGGCCUACACAAGACGAGUGAGGGGCAACAUUCACACAGUGCUGUGCAUGAGUCCAAUAGGCGAGGUGUUCCGCUCCAGGUUGCGGCAGUUCCCGUCCUUGGUGACUUGUUGCACCAUUGACUGGUUUGACGAGUGGCCAGCGGAAGCCUUACAGUCAGUAGCCUCUUCUUUCCUAAUGGAGAUCCCAGAGCUCGAGUCUCGAGAAUCAGUCGUCCAAGGCAUGAUCCAGAUGUGUGUGGAGAUGCAUCAGUCGGUCGCUGUCAAGUCCAAGCAAUACUUGGCCGAGCUCUCACGACAUAAUUACAUCACACCCAAGAGUUACCUGGAGCUGCUGGGCAUAUAUUCCAGUCUGAUCGGUAAAAAACUGAUGGAGAUCAAGACGGCCAAGGAGAGGAUGAAGAGUGGGCUGGACAAGCUCCUUCACACCGCCGAGGAUGUUGCCAAGAUGCAAGAGGAAUUAGAGAUUAUGCGCCCAUUACUGGAGGAGGCGGCACAAGACACGGUCACCACUAUGCAGAAAAUUGAGGAGGACACAGUAGUAGCUGAAGCCACCAGGACCAAUGUGCAGGUAGAAGAAACUAAGGCCACAGAGAAGGCGAGCAAAGCUCAGGAAAUUGCAGAUGAUGCCCAGAAGGACCUGGAUGAGGCGCUGCCGGCUCUGGACGCGGCUCUCGCCAGUCUAAAGUCUCUUAAUAAGAAUGAUGUCACUGAGGUCAGGGCCAUGCAGCGUCCCCCAGUUGGUGUAAAACUUGUGAUUGAAGCCGUCUGCAUAAUGAAAGGCAUCAAACCAAAGAAAGUGGCUGGAGAAAAACCUGGAAGUAAAAUAGACGACUACUGGGAGCCGGGGAAGGGUCUGCUGCAAGACCCGGGCAAGUUCCUGGAGGGGUUAUUCAAAUUUGACAAGGAUAAUAUUCCAGAUGCUGUUAUAAAAGCCAUACAGCCCUACAUUGAUAAUGAGGAAUUUCAGCCGGCAGCCAUUGCCAGGGUCUCAAAGGCUUGUACCUCCAUCUGUCAGUGGGUUCGGGCCAUGCAUAAGUAUCACUUUGUGGCACAUGCCGUGGAACCCAAAAGACAAGCGCUGAAAGAAGCUCAGGAAGAUUUGGCAGUGACCCAGAAAAUCCUUGAUAAAGCCAAAGCUCGACUGAACGAAGUAGAAGAGGGAAUUGCCACUUUACAAGCAAAGUAUCGGGACUGUGUGUCCAAGAAGGAAGAGCUGGAACAGAAAUGUGACCAAUGUGAACAGAAACUGAUCCGUGCUGAUAAGUUGAUCACUGGCUUGGCUGACGAGCGUCAGCGCUGGCAAGAUACAGUCCUAAACCUGGAGAACCUGCUAGUCAACGUUACAGGAGAUCUGCUGCUCUGCGCUGGCUUCUUGGCUUAUUUAGGACCAUUCACGGGACAAUACCGGACAUCCCUGUUUGAGCAGUGGACCAAGAAGCUGAAGGAUCUGCAAGUACCAUGCACACAGGAGCCAUCCCUCAUAGGGACAUUGGGAGACCCCGUGAAGAUCCGCUCCUGGCAGAUUGCAGGACUUCCUAACGACACGCUGUCUGUGGAGAAUGGAGUCAUAACUCAGUAUUCACAGCGCUGGUCUCAUUUCAUUGACCCGCAAGGCCAAGCCAACAGGUGGAUCAAAAACCUGGAGAAGGACAACGGCUUGGACGUGGUGAAGCUCAGUGACCGGGACUUUUUACGCAGUUUAGAAAACGCUAUCCGCUUUGGGAAACCGUUUUUGCUGGAGAACGUAGGAGAAGAGCUGGAUCCUGCACUGGAACCUGUGCUGCUCAAGCAGACGUACAAGCAGCAGGGUAGCACUGUGCUACGCUUGGGUGAUGCCGUCAUUCCCUAUCACGAUGAUUUCAGGAUGUACAUCACAACCAAGCUGCCAAACCCUCAUUAUCCACCAGAAAUCUGCACCAAAGUCACGCUCAUCAACUUCACUCUGUCUCCCAGUGGCCUGGAGGAUCAACUCCUCGGACAAGUUGUGGCUGAAGAACGUCCAGAUUUGGAAGAAGCUAAGAACCAGUUAAUUCUAUCCAAUGCUAAAAUGCGUCAGGAGCUGAAGGAAAUUGAGGACCAGAUUCUCAUGCGCCUCAGCUCCUCACAAGGAAAUCCAGUGGAUGACGUGGAUUUGAUCAAAGUGCUGGAGGCCUCAAAGGUGAAAGCUGGAGAGAUCAAGGCAAAAGUUCAAGUUGCCGAGCAGACAGAAAGAGAUAUAGAUAUCACCCGGCACCAGUACGUCCCUGUGGCUGUAAGGACACAGAUUCUGUUCUUCUGUGUCUCGGAUCUGUCCAACGUAGACCCCAUGUACCAGUACUCGCUGGAGUGGUUCCUGGGUAUCUUCUCUGCUGCCAUUGCCAAUUCUGAGAGAGCAGAAUCUGUUGAGAAAAGAAUCGACAACAUCAACACCUACUUCACCUUCAGUCUCUACAGCAACGUCUGUCGGAGUCUCUUCGAAAAGCAUAAACUGAUGUUCUCAUUCCUGCUGUGCGUGCGGAUUCUCAUGGACAAAGGUCUCAUCAAUAUGGAAGAAUGGCGCUUCCUGCUGUCCGGCGGCACGGCCCCCAGCCUGGCGGACAACCCCUGUGCUGAAUGGCUGACUGAGCGAGCGUGGAGAGAUGUCCAGGCCUUGAGCAUGCUGAGCAACUUCAGUAGCAUCAAAGAGGAAAUCAUUCAACACCAGGAGGAAUACAGACGGAUCUGCGACAGCUCCGAGCCGCAGCGGGAGCAGCUUCCUGGUGAAUUGGACCAGAAAUUAGAUUCCUUCCAAAAGCUGCUGAUUCUACGAUGUCUAAGAGGGGACAAAGUCACCAACGCCAUGCAGGACUACGUCUGCCAGCACCUGGGGCAAAGGUUCAUCGAACCUCAGACCGCAGACCUGGGAGCCGUAUACCGCGAGUCUUCACCUGUAACUCCGUUGAUCUUCAUCUUAUCGCCCGGCACCGACCCAGCCGCGGAUCUCUACAAAUUUGCUGAGGAGAUGAGGUUUUCCAAGAAGUUAACGGCUAUAUCUUUAGGUCAGGGACAGGGUCCUCGGGCUGAAGCCAUGAUGCGUAAUUCCAUGGAGCGCGGAAAGUGGGUGUUCUUCCAGAAUUGCCAUCUUGCCCCAAGCUGGAUGCCCUCAUUGGAAAGACUAAUAGAGAGCAUAGACCCAGAUAAGGUUCACCGGGACUUUAGGGUUUGGCUCACCAGCAUGCCCAGUAACCAGUUCCCAGUAUCCAUUCUGCAGAAUGGCUCUAAACUCACCAUUGAGCCCCCGAGGGGUGUGAAGGCAAACCUCUUGCGCACUUACCUGAGCCUGAGUGAUGCACAGCUUCAUGAAAGCAGGAAGGCUCCUGAAUUCAAGUCUUUGCUGCUGUCUCUCUGCCUUUUCCACGGGAGCAUACUGGAAAGGCGAAAGUUUGGACCGUUAGGGUUCAACAUUCCUUAUGAAUUCACAGACGGAGAUCUCAGAAUUUGCAUUUCUCAGCUGCGAAUGUUCCUGGAGGAAUAUACAGACAUCCCCUAUAAGGUCCUGCGUUACACGGCUGGGGAGAUUAAUUAUGGUGGCCGCGUCACAGAUGACUGGGAUAGACGCUGCCUCCUGAACAUCCUGCAGGACUUUUACCAGCCUCCAGUCCUAGAAGAAGGUUACAAGUUCUCCGAGUCUGGAGUAUAUCAGCAGAUCAGUCCGGCCUACGACCUAAAUGGUUACCUGCAGUACAUCCGAUCUCUUCCUCUCAACGAUUUGACAGAAUUGUUCGGACUCCAUGAAAACGCUAACAUCACUUUUGCUCAGAAUGAAAGCUUCGCCCUGUUAGGAUCUCUCGUGACCCUGCAGCCGCGCACACAGAGUACAGGAGGGAGUCGUGACGAGAUGGUGGAAGAAAUUGCAGAAGGGAUCUUGAAGAAGAUUCCACAGCUCAUCUCAGUGCAGGAUGUGAUGGCAAAGUACCCGGUCAUGUACCAGGAGUCCAUGAACACCGUGCUGAUACAAGAAGUUAUACGGUAUAACCGACUCCUCGGCAUCCUCUUCCAGACCCUGAGAGAUCUGCUAAAGGCAAUGAAAGGCCAGGUCGUCAUGUCCUCUCAGCUGGAGCUCAUGGCGAACAGUCUUUAUAACAACUCUGUGCCAGAACUGUGGAGAGCCAAGGCUUAUCCGUCCCUGAAGCCUCUGGCCUCCUGGGUCAUAGAUCUUCUACAGAGAAUCAACUUCCUUCAAAAGUGGAUCACGGACGGGAUCCCUUCUGUCUUCUGGAUCAGUGGACUGUUUUUCCCUCAGGCGUUCUUAACGGGAACUUUGCAAAAUUUUGCAAGAAAACACGUGAUUUCUAUAGACACAAUCUCCUUUGAUUUUAAGGUCCUCAGUGAGACGGUGGCGGAUCUGAAAGAGCGCCCCUCGGAGGGAUGUUAUAUACAUGGAUUAUAUCUGGAGGGAGCUUGCUGGGACAAGACUACUACGCAGUUGUCAGAGUCGAGACCCAAAGAACUUUACACGGAGAUGGCUGUCAUCUGGCUCCUCCCUGUUGCUGAACGCAAGCCGCCCGUAUCGGGGACAUACCUGUGCCCCAUUUACAAGACACUGACAAGGGCAGGAACUCUCUCCACCACUGGCCAUUCCACUAAUUACGUCAUUGCUGUGGAGCUUCCCAGCAGCAAGGCCCAGUCACACUGGAUAAAGCGUGGAGUGGCCCUAAUCUGUGCCCUGGAUUACUGAUGACGAUCCAAGGACAAUGUUCAUGUGCGGUCACAGGUCACCCCACCAGAUGCAACCAGUGAUCGCCGCCAGCCCCUGCACCAGACGCAACCAGUGAUCACGGCCAGUCCCUGCACCAGACGCAACCAGUGAUCGCCGCCAGUCCCUGCACCAGACGCAACCAGUGAUCACCGCCAGUCCCUGCACCAGACGCAACCAGUGAUCGCCGCCAGUCCCUGCACCAGACACAGCAGUGAUCGCCGCCAGUCCCUGCACCAGACACAGCAGUGAUCGCCACCAGACACAGCAGUGAUCGCCGCCAGUCCCUGCACCAGACACAGCAGUGAUCGCCGCCAGUCCCUGCACCAGACACAGCAGUGAUCGCCGCCAGUCCCUGCACCAGACACAGCAGUGAUCGCCGCCAGUCCCUGCACCAGACACAGCCGUGAUCGCCGCCAGUCCCUGCACCAGACACAGCUGUGAUCGCCGCCAGUCCCUGCACCAGACACAGCCGUGAUCGCCGCCAGUCCCUGCACCAGACAUGUUGCUCAGCCUUCUCCAUUCAACACUCUGCACCUUUCCAUUGGCAAAAGUAACUAGAGGA